AUGAACAAAAUUCGCGCCAUUCAGGCGUUGAACAAGAAAGAAAUCGAAAAUGGAAUCUCACCCGAGGGCUCCUGGCACGUCGACUACCGCGACACGGCCUACAUAUACUUCGGCGGCCUCCCCUACGAAAUGUCGGAAGGCGACGUGAUCACCGUCUUCUCCCAGUUCGGCGAGCCCGUCUGGCUCAAGCUGGCGCGCGACAAGGAGACGGGCAAGUCCAAGGGCUUCGGCUGGCUCAAGUACGAGGACCAGCGCAGCACCGAUCUGGCCGUCGACAACCUCGGCGGCGCCACCAUAAAGGACCGACUCAUUAGUGUAGACCAUGCGCGCUACAAGUUCCGCGACGACGAGGACAUGGACGAGGGCAAGGUCGACUGGGCGACCGUCGCGAAGCAAGAGGCCGGGGACAAGACGGACGAGGAGGAGUCGGAAGAGGAAGAAAAGGAGGCGCGGCCGAUGUUGCCCGAGGAGAGGGAGCUUGCCCUCUUGAUACGGGACCAUGACGAGGACGACCCGAUGAAGGGGUUCCUGAUCGAAGAGAAGAAGAAGGAGAUCGAGGAGGCGCUGCGGCGGCGGGACGACAGGUCGGACAGGAAGAAGAGGCACAAGCACCGGCACCGGUCGCAUCGGUCACGGAGACACGACAGCGACGAGGAGAUGAAGGAUGCUGACCGCGACGAGGACAGGCACCGGAGCAGGAGGUCACGUCGCGACGACACGCCGGACGACAUAGAUCGCAGGGACGACGAGGGGGGCAGCUCGCGGCGCCACAGACGGCGGGACGAGUCCCGCGAAAGAGAUCCGAAACGGGACGAGAGGAGCCGGCGGGACAGGGACCGCUCAAGGGAGAGGCGGGAUGGGGAUCGGGACGGGGAGGAUGACAAGCGGAGGGAGCGCCGGCAUCGCGACCGCCUCGAGUCGGAAGAGCGCCAUCACGGACGGCACAAGGAUCGUGGUGAUGAGCGGCGGCACAGAAGACGGAGUCGGAGCAGGUCGCCUUGA